UUAGUCAGGGCAAUAGGCCAAAUUUCCUAGUUUUUCAAUUUUUGGUUUAUGGUCUGUGAUAAAUAACCAAAAAAGUUAUCUACUUGAGAUUUUAAGUAUUCCCGUUAAUUCCUAAAAAUCGUAGUAGGCACCAUAUGAAAUGGAGGAAGUAAAUUCGUCGGAAAACGGUGCAGCUGACGAUCCUAUCGUGUGCGAGAUCCCCAUAAUCCACUCGAAACGCUUGGAAAACUCGCUCUACCUGUUCCAAUACCCGCUGGAAAGGAAACACAGUCCGAACGAGCGCAGGAUAAGGAAAUGCCUUUACAAGCCGACGAACCGCGAGAUCAUGUUGGAGAUGCAAAUCGACACGGACUCCCCGAAUUUUGACUCGGGCCGCGCUGAGCUCAUCGCCUACGAGGUGGACGGCGACGCGAAAAAGAAAGACUCCGUGGUGUUCGAGAACGAAAUCGUCGAUAAAAUAUUCCUCAAGUCGAGCAGUGUGGUCAGAGAGCCGAAAAACUACGCGGUCGCCGCCUACAACGGCAAGGAAAUUCAUCUGACCGCUUUGACAGACGUCUUCCAGUUCCGGCCCGUGUUCCCCUACCUGGACAGGUCGAUCAAACGCAAGCGAGACGUUUUAAACAUGUCGGACGACGAGGACGACGAUCAGGGACAGUCGGAGGACGCGCGACAAGUGACCGUCAGGUUCAAGCAGACGGACUCGAAGGGCGGGAAUAAGCCGGAAAACGUGAGUUUCCGAACGCUCGAAGCCAGACGGGCGGAGGAGGCGUGGCGAGAGUGCGAGUGGCGCGAGAGCGAUACCACGGCCAGCGAGGUGGCCCGUCUGAAGCUGAUAGCGGACAAUUGCGACGAAGUGGCAGGGUCCGAAUUGAAGAACACCGAUUAUAUGAGCCUGUUGGUGCCCGAAAACCGGGAAGAGACGCCCCUGGAGCCGGCGCUCCCCUCCCACGUGAUGUCCCUGCACGCGUUACGGGCCCUCCCCGUGCCGGAACAGUGCCGGUUGCUGCUCAAAGACGCCCAGAUCAUGCACUUUCAACAAAUAAUGAUGUUGCUGGCGGGCGUGGAGGGCGUGACCACCGACGGCCUCCUGAAACACCUCCAGAAGGUGGCGGUCCUCGUCAAGGGCAACUGGGUCGUGAAGUCCGAGGUGCUUUUUCCCGAUAACACGUUUUCCGCGACCAGCGGCGUGCCGUCGGAGUUGAUGUGCCGCGCGAGAGACUACGUCCUCUACCUGUUCACGAAACAGCAGUACGUCGAGCGCAAAAAAGUGUCGUCGGUCAUGAAGAUCCCCUCCGAAGAGCUGAAGGAGAUCUUCGCGGGCGUGUCUAAGCUGCGCACGCACAACAAGGGGUGGGAGCUAUCCCUGCCGACCGAUUACGAUUUUCUGAGCAAACAUCCGGACCUGGCGCAGAGGCAGGGUCUCUUCUGGGAACACCGGUACCACCAGCUGGAACAGUACCUCAAUCAACAGUCCAGGCGCAGGCGCAAGAGCAAAAGCGCGAGCGACAGCGAGACCGGGGGCAAGCCCAGGUCGGGCAGCAUCAGCUGUUCCGAUAACGAAUCCGGUACCGAGAGCCGGAGGAAGUCGCCGGCGCCGAAGAAGGGCAGCGAACGUUGAGGCUUUGUUUUUGUUUUGUUUCCACGCCGAAUAAAGUUUCUGAAAUGUUAUAUUCGUAUUUUUUAACAU